CCAAUCAACUCAAUACCUCGUAAUCUUACCCGAUUUUGAAAACUUUCUCUCUCUCUCUCUGCAAAAUCCACUCUCUCUCUCCUCCAAUUCUCUAUCCCCAUGGAGACCUUAACCAGAGACCAGUACAUCUACAUGGCGAAACUCGCCGAGCAAGCCGAGCGCUACGAAGAGAUGGUCAAAUUCAUGGGCAAACUCGUCGUCGGCACGGCGUCCACCGGCGCCGAACUCACCGUUGAGGAACGGAACCUAUUAUCUGUGGCGUACAAGAACGUCAUCGGCUCUCUCCGAGCGGCGUGGCGGAUUGUGUCGUCCAUCGAGCAGAAAGAGGAAGGCCGCAAGAACGACGACCAUGUGGCGCUAGUCAAGGACUACAGAUCGAAGGUCGAGUCAGAGCUCUCGGAGGUGUGUGCUGGGAUUCUGAAACUUCUGGAUGAGUUUCUGAUUCCGUCGGCGGUGGCCAGUGAGUCUAAGGUUUUUUACUUGAAGAUGAAAGGAGAUUAUUAUCGGUAUCUUGCGGAAUUCAAAGUCGGAACCGAGAGAAAGGAGGCUGCUGAAGAUACUAUGCUUGCCUACAAAGCUGCUCAGGAUAUUGCUCUUGUCAAUCUUGCUCCAACACAUCCUAUAAGGUUGGGGUUAGCACUCAACUUCUCAGUUUUCUACUUUGAGAUUCUUAAUGCAUCAGAGAAAGCUUGUAGCAUGGCAAAACAGGCCUUUGAAGAAGCAAUUGCAGAGCUGGACACUUUGGGGGAGGAGUCCUACAAGGAUAGCACUCUCAUAAUGCAACUCCUGAGGGACAAUCUCACUCUUUGGACUUCGGAUAUGCAGGAGCAAAUAGAUGAGGCUUGAGCUGCUGGAUCAAUCUGCUCCUUGAUGGAAGUGGGGCUUCAAUGUCAUAACUUGUCUAUAAUCUGUAUGUGUAAAAGUUUUAUAACAUGUAAUUAUAUUAUUGAUACUUAAAUUUGGUAUGGGAAUUCUAAUGAUUUCAGUGGUUUCCUGGUGGCAUCAACCAGUCCAACAAUUUCCUCUUCCAAACAAUAAAGCUUUGAACAUGAGGUCAUGAAUCUGUAAAGAAGCCAUCUUCCUUUUGACAAAUUGACCAUGAGGUCAUGAAACUGAAAAUAG